AUGUUCACCCCCUUGAUGGAGAUGGGCGCCUGGGUCCGUAGCCGGCUGCCCUCGAUGCCUACCGACUUCAGCUUCCGCCGCCCGCAUUUUAAUUUUAUUACGCUUCACUACCUAUACAUUCUUCUCAUGACAAUUCUCGGCUCCAUCCUUCUCUACCCGGCCGGCGGUAUGGAUUACAUCGAUGCGCUAUUCUUCGCCAGCGGUUCGGCGACUCAAAGCGGCUUGAACACCAUCGACGUCAACAAGCUCUUCCUCUACCAGCAGGUCGUACUCAUGCUCAUCGCGUGCGUCUGCAACCCGAUUUUCAUAAAUACCUUCGUUGUCUUUGUGCGCCUAUACUGGUUCGAGAAGCGGUUCCAGGGUCUCGUAGCCGAGUCGCGCAACCGAAAUCGCACUCGAUCAAGAACAAGGAGCGAGGCCAUAGAAGAAAGGGACGUGGGCGACGAGGAAGUGGGCGUCAACGGCCGCGCCAUCACCGUCGUCCGGAACAGAGAUGGCCAUGCCCAAGGCGCGCCUUGCAAUGUUGACGGCCAAAUCGAGGAAGAAAACGAAAAGGACCCGCACUCUCUGCACGCCGAGGCACCCGAAUCAUCAUCCGGCUCGGACGAAAAGGACGAUCAGUUCGACACUAUGAACAAGUCAGGCACGGUUGUUGAUGCGAGCUCAAGUGCGGAGCAGCCCGAUUCCAUUCAGCCUUUCCACAGGGACAUUACCUUCGCCGAUGACGUCAAACCGCCCCCUCGACGCUCGAUUGCGAUCGAGGAACGUCUCCCAGUGAACCGUCCUGCGGAACAGCACAUUGCUUUCGUCGAGAAUCAGCGGCGGCCUAAAGCCAAGGGGCGGCUGCGCAUCCCGGGUCCUAGAGAGUUUGACCGAGGUGACAAGCCGCAAUCACUGGAAGAGGAAGAUGGCGGUGUGCACCUGGCACGGGAACACACGAACGAAUCCAGCAUGCGCGGUAGGGAUGAGGCGAACCAGCCAGCCGAUACGGUCGACCCAGCAGCCAACGCGAACGGAGACGACCCAACCCUUAAGCGACACGUCUCCUUCGAUGAGCACGUGGCCGGCGUGAGUGGAAAGAUCCGGACCGGCUUCAGCAACGUGAAGCGUAGAUUCACCCUGGGCGAGGAUCAUGACAACGAAGGUUCAGGCAUGCGCCGUCGAGCAAGUACUUUCAGGACCUUCGUUACUGCGCGAAGCAAGGAACGCGAACAGGACCCCGCGCCGUACCUCAGCUGGCAGCCAACAAUCGGCCGUAACUCAGCCUUUGUGGAUCUGUCCGAGGAGCAGAGGGAAGAAUUGGGCGGCAUAGAAUACCGCGCGUUGAAAACUCUGGCUUUCAUUCUGGUGUUCUACUUUGUCGGUUUCCAUCUCCUUGGCAUGAUAUGCCACCUUCCCUGGAUUGUGCGUUCGAGCUACAAUGGAACAGUCUUGAAGCCGGACGGUAUCAGCGCCGUCUGGUGGGGAUUCUUCACGCCUGCAUCGAUGUUCAACGAUCUCGGUUUCACGCUUACGCCGGAUUCUAUGGUCUCUUUCCAAAAGGCGGUGUUGCCCAUGUUACUCGGCAGUUUCCUCAUCAUCAUCGGCAACACUGGCUUUCCAUGCAUGUUGCGGCUGGUGAUUUGGAUGGCCGAGAAAAUGGUCCCAUACGGCAGCGGCGUUUGGGAGGAGGUCCGGUUUCUCCUGGACCAUCCCAGACGUUGUUUUACCCUACUUUUCCCGAGCAAAGCUACUUGGUGGCUCUUCUGGGUCUUGGUACUGCUCAACGGUAUUGACUUGAUAUUCUUCGUCAUCCUCGACAUCAACGACGAGACGGUCACGACACUCUCACCAGGCUACCGGGUUCUGGAUGGUCUCUUCCAGGCGGCGAGCACACGUACGGCAGGUUUUGCAUGCGUCAACAUCGCCGAUCUUCACCCAGCCGUCCAAGUGUCGUAUCUGAUCAUGAUGUACAUCUCCGUCUUCCCGAUUGCCAUUUCUCUGCGUCGAACCAACGUCUACGAGGAAAAGUCGCUGGGUAUCUGGGCCGAGCAAACAGCUCCCCCCGACGAGGGUGAGCAGAGCUACGUCGGCACUCACUUGCGGCGCCAGCUAUCGUUCGAUUUGUGGUACAUUUUCAUGGGCUUCUUCUUCAUCGCAAUCAUCGAAGGGUCGCGCCUGGAGAACACGAACGACUUCUCGUUCACGCUCUUCUCGGUGCUGUUCGAAAUCGUCUCGGCCUACGGUACCGUCGGGCUGUCCCUUGGCUAUCCGAACGUCAACACGUCUUUCUCGGGUCAAUUCAAGACGUUGUCAAAACUCAUCAUCAUCGCGAUGCAGAUCCGUGGACGGCAUAGAGGCCUGCCAUACGCGCUGGAUCGGGCCAUCCUGCUUCCGUCGGAAACUUUGCACAAGAAAGAGGAUGAGGACGCAGGCAGACGGGCAGCAGCAGUAGCGCGACGCAACAGCAACCUGAGCGACCUCGAGCGCAUGGAUCCGGGCGCAUUCGCGGCUCGACCGCCGACGUUCCGAAGGGGAAGCGUCGCAACAGCCAGGGACGAAGAGGGGCCGACGGGUAACCAGUGGCUGAGCAAUCAGAGAAGAAGCGCCAGCGCGGCGGGCUUGACGAAAUUCUUGAGUGGAGCCUUAUCGGCAGGACCGACAAUUCAGAAGAGGGACUAA